CCGAGGUGACCGCGCUGCUCCGAAACGCCUCCACCCCCCGCGGUCGAAGUGGUUCAGCCCGUGAAUUUUUCAUUCAUAAAAAGAAAAGACUGCAACGCGGGAGUGAGUCAGACCCCGGCUGCCGACAAGGACCCCAUAGAGCAGCCAGCCCAGGGCAUGUACCGAGACUUUGGGGAACCCGGACCGAGCUCCGGGGCGGGCAGUGCGUACGGCGGACCGGCGCAGCCCCCCGUCUCAGCGCAGGCGGCCGCCCAGCAGAAGUUCCACCUUGUGCCAAGCAUCAAUGCUGUGAGUGGCAGCCAGGAAUUGCAGUGGAUGGUGCAGCCUCAUUUCCUGGGGCCAAGCAGCUACCCCAGGCCUCUGGCUUACCCAGAGUACAGUCCUUUGCAGCCCCGGCCAGGAGUCAUUAGGGCCCUGGGGCCCCCUCCAGGGGUGCGUCGAAGACCUUGUGAACAGAUCAGCCCAGAGGAGGAGGAGCGCCGUAGAGUGAGGCGUGAGCGGAACAAAUUGGCUGCAGCCAAGUGCAGGAACCGCAGGAAGGAACUGACAGACUUCCUGCAGGCUGAGACUGACAAGCUGGAGGAUGAGAAAUCCGGGCUGCAGCGAGAGAUAGAAGAGCUGCAGAAGCAGAAAGAGCGCCUGGAGCUGGUGUUAGAAGCCCACCGUCCCAUCUGCAAAAUCCCAGAAGUGGACAAGGAGGACAGGGAUCCAGGUGUUGCCAGCAGUACAAGUGGUACCAGCAGCCCACCAGCCCCCUGCCGCCCUGUACCUUGUAUCUCCCUUUCCCCAGUGCCUGUGCUUGAACCCGAGGCAUUGCACACACCAACACUCAUGACCACACCCUCUCUGACUCCCUUUACACCUAGUCUGGUCUUCACCUAUCCCAGCACUCCUGAACCCUGUGCCUCAGCUCAUCGAAAGAGCAGCAGCAGCAGUGGGGACCCAUCUUCAGAUCCUCUAGGCUCCCCAACCCUCCUUGCUUUGUGAGACACCCAGCCCCACCCCUGCAGACACUACCAUAGCCAACAUUUCCCUUUCCCACACUGGUCCAGCAGGCCUGGAUCACAUUCCAUACACAAUGCCAGUAGUUUCUUCUGCAUCCCUCCUGACGAGAUUGAGCAUAUUUUGCUUUUCAGUAGAGGCAGUUUGGAGUACUACAGCUGCUCACUGUUUCUCUAGAGCUGGCCUCUCUAUUCCAAUUUGCACUAAAUCAGACACAGGAUAUUUCCCAUUUGUGCCAGAGAAAUGCUGGCAAACCAAAAGACUAAGACUAUUCCGUUGUAGACCACUCCCAAAACCCACCGCCCUCUUCUUUAGAUACACCCAAACCCACCCUGACAAUGCCAUUUUACAGGCACUAACUAGAACACUAAGUCACCCAGCCUCACUGCCAGCAGCACCAGGUGAUUGGACUAGGGCAUUCUGCAGGCCCCUCCUGACUGGCACAGCUCAGGAGGUGCCAGAGGGUUCUGUGAUGAGCUAACUUGCAGCCCCCAGCUCUGAGAAGCCUCUAGCUCCAGGAAAUCCAAGCCCCAACAAGAGGGGGCAGCUGCUAUUUAUUUUCCUAGAGAGAAUAUUUUUAUA